GGGCGGCGCUAUAAAUAAGCAAGCGUUGGAUCGUGCUUUGAACAUCGUGCAAUGCAAACGCCGUAUCACUUCGUCGCGAGUGCUGUUAGCGGUAACACACGGAGUGAGUUUGUGUGGCGUGUUCCGUCCAGUGAAUUGAGGCAAGCUUUUAUCAGCUGUAAUUUCUGUUUAAGAAUACAAUUUGUCACAGUUAUCGUACCAGUGUUUUGAAAAAACAGCAAUAUCAAACGUGUUAAACAGCUCGCAACAGAUGAGUUAAGGCCACUACCCUUCUCUAAUCGUGUGCGUCGAGCUAAGCGUAUCUUGCAAAGGAUGCGUCAUCACAUGUUCGUGUCAAUACCGGUAAACACCGGCCGGCGUCAUGAAGUGCGCAUGACCGAGUGCAUAUGAAUUGAGAGUGAGAACGUGUUUAAAUUGGUUCAUUGAGAAAGAAUGUAAUGUAGCAAAAACGAUACUCAUCGUGUGACUUCAAACGAAAUGAUAAGCAUGUGGUGAUGGGAAUUCCCCAAUGUAAAGCAUUUUGCUUGUGUUUACUUGCCGAUUCCGGCAGACGGAGACGGUUUCAGUUAUUCUGCAGUUGUGUGAACCAACGUGACCUUGACAGCUUCGGAAUUUCCACUCCAUAGCAGUAUAGUAGCGUGGUUGACAAUGUUGCGAUUAAAUUGUGAAAUUAUUCAAAUGUGAUUGAAUUUGAGUGAAGUUUGAUGUUAUGUAGCGUCAAACCAAGCAAGACAGCGUAACGUGCUGAUGCCCUGCGUGAAGGAUUACUUCUUCGAAACGGCUGUAAUCUAUUAAGCGAUUAACGUACAAAUCCAACAAGAUACGGGAUAUGGUCGUUGAUAAGGAAAAUGUAUAAAGUGAUAAGCGGUUGUGGCUGGUGCUUACCAGUAAAGUGAAUCAGUGAAUUAAAAAAACGUGCUAAUAAGCAAUAACAUAAAAAGACAUCCGAUCAUGGAAUUGCCGGUGACGAUACGGGAGAGGAGUGUGGACAGUCGAACGGUGAUUGAAGUGAAAGGGAAGCAUAUCGUGCUAAGUGAAAUUAAAUCACGCAUAGAAACUCUCUUGGCCAACUCUACUGUUGAAGAGGUUCGUAUCUUUGCUGGCAUCAUUCUUACCAUCGAUGUGGAUCUUUCUCGCGAUGUUUGGCAUGGGCGAAAUCUGGUGGUUUUGGCGAACGAAAUCAAAGUGUGCACUACGGUUCGUUGGGAUGUGUCUGGGAAAGAUAACGACCAUACCUACACGUCCAAUGCCGGUACGGAUGGGAACGGUGUUGGCAAACAAGGAGCCGAUGGAUAUCCGGGCGAAAGUGGAGGUAACGUUUUAUUGCAGGCAAACACAAUUCAACACCCCGAACGAUUGACGAUCAUUUCGUACGGUGCAAACGGAAGCAACGGUCAGGAUGGUGGCAAUGGAAAGGCGGGCGUCGACGGUAAAGGUAUCUCUAGGGCAGACUUUAAGGACAAGUUUCCGCCGACUGCCAAGUUUUUGGAGUGGCAGCGUGCCAACCUUGUAGACACCACUGUCAAAAACAUUAGAAACUUAACUAGAAACAUUAAGACACAGUGGUUAGUUACAACAAUUCCCAUAUUUCCCGUUUAUACCACUCACAGAGAAAACGUACUGGAUCACAGGGAUUGGCGUGUCGAUUUCUUUGAUAGUCUUUACAUCGAGGUGGAAACGCACGAUGGCUGCGAGAUAACGUUUUCUUUUCAGCAAGGCACACCGUUUUACAACUGCCAAUCGUUUCUGAUGUACAAGGGAACAUCUGGCCAGCGUGGACAGGCUGGCGGAGGAUAUGGGCUGGGAGGUCAAGGUGGAUUUGCUGGCGAAGUGACAAUCAAAAGUUUAUACGACGGUCGUACGUUUGACAUUAAGACAUACUGCAACCGGGGCAAUGAUGGAGAAAACGGAAAGGGUGGAUUGUAUGGUGCGCACGGUAAAAAUGGUUGGGACAUGGGUUAUGUGGAUUACUCGGUCGCGGACAAUCCAGUGAUGUAUGGACAAGAUGAAAAGAGCAAACUUCAGCUGUCGUUCUAUGACGAAAAUUCAUCCAGCAGAAUGUAUUGUCCAUAUAAGGCUUACAUUGAAAGCAGCUAUCGAUAUGCUGGAUUCCAGGUAUCAAGAAUCGACCACCAAUCUAGUAACGCAUUCGAGGAAAGGAACAACACCCAGGCACGUACCGAAAGACAGCAUCAUGCGAAAGCAAUAGGGAAGAAAUCCAUUCCUGGAAUGCGCGUUGCUGCUGCAUUUUCUGAAUACUUGCAAGAAAUUGAACAAGAAAGGCAGCAAUUGGAAAAACAAAGGAUCGAGAGAGAAAAGCAAGAAUUAGAACGGCUGCGAAUCGAGAGAGAAAAACAGGAAUUAAAGAAACAACGGGAAGAACUUGAAAAACAAAAUUUGGAAAAACAACGGAUCGAGAGAGAAAGGAAGCAGGAAUUGGAGAGACAACGGAUUGAAAAAGAAAAGGCACGAUUGGAAAAACAACGGAUUGAGCAAGAAAAGCAGGAAUUGGAGAGGCAACGAAUCGAAAAAGAGAAGCAAGAGCUGGAAAAACAGCGGAUCGCACAAGAAAGGAAAAACAUUUUACAACAACAAAUCGAACAAGAAAAGCAACGUUUAGCACGACAGCAGAUUGAAAAAGAAAAGCAACAAGAAUUGGCUGAACAGGUGAAAGAAUAUUUGAAUUGUGAUGCAUUGCAGCAAGUUGUUGAAAGCCAAUACACAGAUCUUGAUCGAGUCACGGAUCUGGACAUAAAACGAUUUGUUAAUUUUACACAAGAUACUUCUGAUCUGGAUCGAAACGAGUUUGUUAAACUUGGUGAAAUGUAUAAAGAUCCUAGUCGAGAGGAAAUAUUCAGCAAAUUGAACAAUAACUUGAAUCUAGACGAUUGGCUACAGCUUCGAACACGUUCUAUUGAUCGCCCUGAGCUGGUGUCUUUGGUGGAACAUUUUGAAACAUUAAAAUCACAGUUCGAACGAUUGCUUGGAAGGGAUUGCAGUGCUAAGAUAACGCCCGUUACGGAAACGUUGAAAAUCAAGUAUAAAACAGCAAUUCUAAAAGAAAUUACUCAGGAACUGCCGACCUAUCACACAACAGUGAAUCGUUUCGUAUUGACAGCACAGACUGUAGCGAGAUAUCUGGAAGAAACGGAUGAAAAAAAUGACACAUUUUAUCAUCCCGUUCUUGGCACUUUAAAGCAAUACAUUUUUGAAAACAAUCCAGCUCAACGAGAUAACAUUAACAAAUUCAUGGCAAAAGCAUCAGAAAGUAACGACAAUGCGAUCAAACGUGCCGUAGAAACAUUCAUUAUGGAAACAGAUAGCUCAAAAGAUGAAAAUAAACGUGUGAAACUGUUUUAUGAUGAGUAUCAGGAUUAUUUAGAGAAACAGCAAAGAAAUAUUGAUGCUAUAACGCAAUCAUUAGCAGCAGAACUAAAGAAAUCUAAACAUCAAGAAGCAUUCCGUCUGUGGAAUGAAAGCAUUGAUGACGAUGGUUUGCUGGAAGAUCUUGAAGAAUUGAUUAGAAAAGAUAAGGUGUUAAGCUCACUGUAUGAUGAACUGAAGCGUGCGGAAAAUGCUGAAUAUGAUUGGGAAAGGUGUUGUACCGAUGAAAAAAUACAAGAAAUACUCCAGAUCAACUUAAAGCAGGAAGGAAUCAUGUGCAAAAGUUACAGAAUACUGCUAGCGUAUUUGUAUGAUGUGAACAUUCGGGUGUAUGCCAAGGAUGAGGACAAUGAAAUUGUUCUGAUAGAAGAUCAUAAUCCAAAAUCCAUUAAAAUUACACACAUUUUACACAAAUCGAACGAAUUCAUUCAACUGAAAAUCAAUGAAAGUUUCCGUCAGUUAGAAGAAGAGCGUCUGCACAAGGAUCGAAUUUUCAGACGAAUUCUGACGGAGAUAAACGGAAUGCAGGACAUACAGACCAUCGAGAAUUACUUCGAACGAGAAGUAUUUUAUCGAAACAGUUCAAAUUUCGCUAAAAUGUUUGAAGAUUUAGAAGACGAGAUAACUGUUGAAAAGAUUGCAGCAUUUUUUUCAGCCGAUGAGAAGGACCAAAUUGCUCAUCGUCUGAAGAACAUUUCUCCCAAAUACACCGGCCAACAUGGAGUGUUCGAAAGCAUCUUACUGCGUUUUUCUUUCGAAGGCAGCCAUGUGUCAUCUAACGAACUGUGUUUCUUAAUCAACUCUAUACUUGCUCACACUGUUGAAGCAAGACAAGAAAGGUACACCUUUUCAUGGAUUGUUGCAGCAUACAAUCAGUGCAGUUGGACAGAUGAGCUGGUGUUGCUGCAGCUGGAGAACUGCUACAAGAGACAGCUGCAGGAAAAGCCCAAAUGGCGCAAGUACAUGUCAAACAUCGAAAAUAAGGGAGCUUUGCUAGUGUUUUCUGCUCAGUUUACUCGUAAGCCUUGUCCUGCGCAGUGUGUUGAAGAUAUCUUGCACUUGCUGAGUAACAUUCCAAUAGAAUCGGUUCGUCUAGAUGAACUGGAGCUAACAGAGUGGCCUUAUGUGCUUAAGGAAUGCUAUUGGACACAUAAGUUAAAAGCUCUUAUAACGUGGGGAAAUGACUCGGAAGCCUUAACUUCUGCUUCGUUCUUCGUUCUGUCCAUAGAGAACACGUAUGGAAACAAGUUGAUGGAGAAUUUAUUUGAAUCGUUGGUAGAAAAGCGCAGUGAGCUUACGCAUUCUAUGUUAUUAAACAUGCUAUCUUGCUUUCAUAAACAAAAGUGGAAUUUAUGUGUUGAUGAUAUUAACCUUUUAAGUCGAUAUAGUAUCAAGAAAUGGAUUAAACAUAUGGAAGAAAAGUUCAAGAUAAACUUAAAGGAAUUAAAUAUUUCACAGAUAGCAACUAUCAUUAGAGGCAAUGCUAACACAUCAAAUAAUAUAGUGAAACAUUUACCUCAAAUUGAAAAUUCAGUAACAAGCAUUUAUAAUAACAAGAGAACGAUACAUACGAGUUUGAUAUCCUCUUUUUUGCUCAACGACGUAGAUAAAUGGGUUAAAGAGUUCCAUGUUAAGAACCAGAAAACGAAUACAAACAUGUACGAAGAAAUGCUUGCUGUAAUAGGUAGGGCAAUUGAGCUUAAGAGAGGGUUUAAGUUACGAGACACCCAGCUAUUGACAAUUUUGGCCUUACUAGUCAACGAGAAUAGCACUUUGGCACAAGUAUCUACAGGCGAAGGUAAAUCAUUGAUCGUAGUAGCGACCGCGAUCAUUAAAGCGCUCCUAGGGGAGAAGGUAGAUAUUAUCACCAGCUCCUCAGUACUGGCUCAACGAGAUGCUGUCACCAACAAUGAUAUCUACGAAUUGUUUGGUCUUAGUGCCUCCCACAACUGUAGCGAACAGAUAGAGGAGCGAAAGGAAGCUUACUCAUGUAAUCAAAUAAUUUACGGAGAUUUGGCAAACUUUCAACGUGACUAUUUAUUAGACAGAUUUUAUGGAAAGCAUGUAUUGGGUGAUCGUAGCUUUGAAAAUGUGAUCGUCGAUGAGGUGGACAGCAUGUUGCUCGAUAAGGGAAACAAUAUGCUAUACCUGUCGCAUGACAUUGCUGGUAUGGAUAAGCUGGAAUCGGUAUACUUGUUCAUUUGGCAAAUGGUCAAUACUCCGACCGAUCUUUCGGAAGAUUUACAUAUGGAAGCGGUUAAAAGAUCAGUUUUAAGUGACAUGUAUGCAAUCAUCCAGAAAGAGGAUAUCCAAAGUUUGGACAAUGCUUUGGGAAAAUCGAAUGUAUUGGUGCUAUGGGAGAGAUUAGUUAAGUCUGGAAUAAUAAAUGACGCAGGAAGAUUACAAACGAAAGCUAUUGAUUCCAACAAACUAGAAAAAGUACUUACACCAGAUUUCACACAAUACAAAGAUCGUCUAAGCUUCUUACUUACGUCUUGUGUCGAACGCGAAACGUGCAUCAAAAUACCAAAUUAUCUAAAAGCAUUCGUGGAGAGACACUUGGACAGUUGGAUUUCAAGCGCCAUAACAGCACUGUACAUGGUCCCGGGACAGUACUACGUGGUGGAUGUCGACAGAUCUGGAACAAGUGCCGACCUUAAUGCGAAUGUAAUUAUUCUCGACAGGGAUACGGGUACUGAUCAGGUGAGCUCACAGUGGGAUGAGGCGUUGCACCAAUUUUUGCAGCUUAAGCACGGUUGUAAGCUGUCAACCCAAAGCCUGAAAGCAGUUUUCAUUUCCAACGUUACAUAUUUGAAAAUGUAUGAACUGCUUUAUGGUUUAACAGGAACGUUAGGAUCACAGAGAGAAAGACAUCUGCUUGAGGAGAUACAUCGGGUUGACUUUGUUACUGUUCCUACCGCCAAGUCGAAGCAGUUUGAAGAGUAUGAACCUAUCAUUUGUUCGAGCAGUGAGGAUUGGAAAAUACAAAUACGACAAGAGGUGAAUAAACUCACAAAAACUGAUAAGAGAUCGGUCCUGAUCAUUUGUGAAACGAUCAGAGAUGUUGAAUCAUUCCAGAUGGUGUUUGAUUCUGAGGAGCACUCAAACGUUCACACUUAUGUACGUGAUUAUGAAACGUUUACUGUUGCGGAAGGGGACAGAAAGUUGGAACCGGGACACGUUAUCAUUGCUACCAACUUGGCAGGUCGUGGCACAGAUAUAAAAAUAUCCGACGACCUUCGGAAGGCCGGAGGGUUACACGUGAUACUAACAUACCUUCCGGUGAACAUUCGAAUUGAAGAGCAAGCAUUCGGAAGAGCAGCUAGAAGCGGAGAUGAGGGAUCAGGUCGGAUGAUAAUAAUGGUAGCCGAUGGAAAAAUGCACAAUCGUUCUAUGAUAUUUACCCUCAAGCAAAAACGCAAUGUCGAUGAGCUUUUCCGCAUAUCUGCUAUAAAAACUUAUUACGAAACCAAUAUUAAAACAGAAGAGAAUUGUUUUGAAGCAUUCAACGAGCUGUACGAGAAAAAAAUGAAACUUUUAGCUAAUGCUGAAACGCCAGAGCCUGUGAAGGAUAUUCUGCUCCAAAGUUGUUUGGACAGAUGGUCGUUUUGGUUAGACGAAAACAAUGUACAGAUAGGAAAAGCAUCAGAUGAGGCUUCCAAGCGGGAAGUAAAACAACUGUUGGAGCACUUUCUAUCACAAUUUGAUGAUCUGAAAGCAACGAGCGCAAACUAUUGGCCAGCUUGGGUUGAAGAAAAUCCAAUGCAAAUGAUCAAAUUGGGAAAAUAUAUUUCUGAACACGAUUCGAAGCAUCGCAAUACAGCUAUGCAACUGUUUGGGAAAGUUAUCUCGAAUGAACCGUGUUUUUGCGAAGCCGCUUAUUACUAUCGUGCAUACACACGAUCGCUUGACAACAUGAACGUUGGCGACUUCAAAAAGGAUUUGCGUAUGGCAGAAAAACUCUUAAACGAUCAUAUAAAAUAUGCAAUGCAUGCAUCAGGUAUGGUGUGUAAGCUAAAGAAUAACACACCACCGAUUGAGGGCUAUGAAGAGCAAAAGAAGUGUCUCAUUAAUCUAUACUCACUGUUCAUUCAAUCGAUAGAAGAUAUGUUGGGUCAUGCUGUAAAUCCUGAAUCGUUUGUUAAUUAUGAAAUAAAGGAGGAUGUUGCUGGAAUAAUCUUUGACGAUCUUGUACGAAUCGGCAUGAUAAAGAAGGCUCAAGUAAUCGAUAACAUACCUAAUGAUCAGAUUCAGAGACUUCACGUCGAGUACGGGAUACCUGCAGAUCAGCUGAAGAAGUUCUUAGCUCAACAUAGGGGCCCUAUCGAUAACAAAGAAUUCCUUAAAGCUAUUCGAGAAUCAUUUUCAUUUCCAAGCAGAAGCGAAUUUUGGGAAACACUUAUUAACCAAAAGGCGCUGUACAAUGUUGAAAGGUAUGUUGCGAUCAAUGAAGAACGGCUCAAAAUAAUGGAUCCUGCUCUAAUGAACGUUCUGAAUGAAAAGGUAGACAAAGGACAGCUGGUGAAAGCAGUUGUUAAGCUAGAUAAGCGCCAGAUCUUGUUGAUCCACGAACAACAGUCACACUUUUACUAUGAGAAAGAGAAGCUCAUUGAUAUGAUCGGUAAAACGAAGUAUAUCUCUCUUGAAGAAAAUGGUCUACUAUCAUGCAACGAAAAGGCUACAAUAGACAAGGAUAUAAUUGCUGAUUGUAUGUUUUCUGUCUAUGAUUCUAUAACAGUUCAGGAUAUUACAAACAAGUCAAGAAUUACAACGAGUGAAGCGAAAAAUAUCAUAGCGGAACUACUUAAGCGUAAUGUUCUACAAAAAAGGGAUGAAACGUUUGUCCUACCAAUGAACUAUGACGAUAGCCAGGAUGUCUUGCUUCCCACCUAUUCAGUGUAUGAGAGUGUCGUUAGAAACGUCCUUGCUUCAUGUUUUGCAUACAGAUUAGCUCUGAGAAACAUUGCACGACAACUAGAAGAGGAGAACUGUUCUGACAUUCGUAUAGAAUUGAAGCCCAAUCCCCAUCAAAUGUUUUUUACCGACUUACUGGAGCAUAAGAUAAUACUCCCUCCUAUGGCCACGCAUGAGAUCGAUGAAAGUAAAAUCAAGGCAAUGUAUAAAACAUCAUGGUCGAAAGGGGCAUGGAUAAGCAUACUUUCUAAGGAUAUUGGUUUGUCUCAAGAAUACACCAAGCUCCUGGUGGAUGUGCUGCUUAAAAACCGUUGGAUUGUUCCAAACCCCUUAAUGGAAUUGUUGUUAUUUUCUCCUUCAAAUAACAUGUCUGAAGAAAUAAAGAAUGCAUUGGCAAGCUACAGGUUCAGUUCGAAAGAUGACCGAACUAGCGUAGCCUAUUUAAAAUCAUGCAUUGCAUCAAUCAAUCAAAAACAUGGGCUUCUUGAAUCCUAUGACGUUGGAGUUGCGAUUGAAAAGUGGUUUAACAAUCAAUUGCUGUUAAUUGAAAACGGAACUGCUAAACAUAUUGAGAAUGUCUUAAGUAAGUCGAAAUCGUCCUUAGCAGCAUUAAAUGUUCCGCAAGGCACGCUGAAAUCGCUCAUGGACUUUUAUGGUAAAGGAAACUUUGGAAGCAUCGAUGAGAUGCGGAUCUUUAUCACAAACGGCUUAGAGCAUCUGUUAGAGCUAGGAGAGAAAAAAUGGACCAUGGAAAUGAUAUUGAAAACCUCACUGGUGUUAGCGGCUGGUGUAGCACAGAUAGCAAUUGGCGCUAUAAUAGAGGUGUAUUCGGUUGGAAUGAUGACUCACGUUGCCGGCGCUUUCAUUGGCGAAGGUGUCAGCGACAUCAUGUUUGCUGUGGGUGCUUUUAAGUCAGGUUACUUCAGCUGGAAAGAUUACGGAAAGCAUAAGUUACAAAGUCUGCUUUUUACGAUCGGUACGGCCGGUGUGGGAAUGUAUCUCUCCCAGGGCGCCAAGAUGUCUCGCAUAGGUUAUAAAGUUGCUGGACCAAGCCUGGAGUACGGUGGCAAACGGGUUGCCGAAUCAUCUGGAAAGCAGUUAAUCAAAGCAGUUGGUGGAUGGACGGUCGUUAAGGAGACAGCGAAGCGUGUGGCGCUCAAAACGGCAGAAGGUGUCGCAUUUGCUGUGGCAAAUACGGCCGUGGAUACGGUUGUUGAAAAUCAUCUGCAAUCCAUGUUGAACUCAUUAGCCUCGGACAUUUUGUCUGGAGUUAAGGGUGAAGUAGCAAAUCACAAGGUUGCUCACAAUUUGCAGAAAGCGUACGAUCGUUUAGGGGAAAAUGACGCUAGAGCCCUCGUGAACGACUUGACAAAUGCAUUCAUGAUGGAACAGAACACAACACAAACCUUCCUUCCAUUCACCAAGCAAAUAAGCCAAAGCGUGAUGCAAGGAAUCGGGAAGGCAAAUAAAAAAACAGGUACCACAAACAGUGCCAUGGUGCUGAUCAACCAAAUCAGUCGAGUAAUGGAUUGUGUGGAUCGUGUUGCACAAGUCUAUAAAAUGCGCAAGGCAACACACAAAUUGCUUGAUAGUAUUAACAUUGAAAUGGAGCGGAAACUCGCAAACAUUGAGCAGAACUCAGCUCCAUCGAAAGAAACCCCGGCAAAUGGCAAAGAUUUUGAGCGCUUUCAAAGGGAAGUGGUUGAGCAAUGGGAAACGACGUUAAGUAAGCACGUUGGGCAACUGAUCGCACAACAUGUUGUGCUGCCAGUGCUGAAAAUGGGCGUAAAUAGUGUCCUUUUACAUGUAGGUUCAGCAUUGAAGGACAUUAGACGCAGCAUGAUAGAGUCGGAAUUGAGCAGAGAUGUUCACCGGCUGAAGGACGAACACGAACAGAAGAUGAAUCGGCCCGAUAUGACAGCAGAAACAAAGCGUCAACUGACAGAGGAAUAUCAUGGUCAAUUGCUGAAGAUUAUGCACAAGACUCGUAGUCCGUCUCUGUUUGCCACCAUCAUCCGGGAAAACGUGCCAAUGGAUUUGACUUGUGUCGGGGCCUGUACUCCAAUGAUACAUAAAAUGCUACAGGCACAACAUGGUGCGUUAUCGGGGCUCACAAUCACUGUCCACGGGGAAAAGGGUAUAAAACAAUCGUUCAGUUCUGGAACGGGUGGUCCCGAGAUUCACCUAGAUCUGAAGGGCAAUCAUUUCACUUUCGGAGCUGGAGAGUCAACUGUUGCCACGACAGGUAAUAAUUGUCUGUACGAAGCACUAGCCACAGCUAUACCGGAUCUGCAAGCUGUAGGAGAGGAUUCGUUCAGGUCCAUGUUGUGUGAUUCCAUCCAGCAUGAUGACAGCAUGCACCAUCACAUUCGACAGGGAUGGCAUCGUGUGCCGUUAAAGCAUGGUGCGGUUGGCGGAGCCCGCAAGUCCCCUGCCAACACGACCAAUAAAGGAGAUGGUACAUUCAAAGCACCGACGGUGAUCUUGUCGAAUGAUAGAUCGAAAGGAAAACCUAAAGCACGUUGCUUAAGCAAAACGCCGUACGUAGAUGAUGAAUCAUCCACAACCAAUGAGCUGCAAGGCGAAACAGGUCAACCCGCCACGAACGAUUCCAGAACUCCCGAGUAUCAUCUGGAUUCGCGUGUAGCUCACCAUACGGGUCGUUUUGCAGGGGAGUUGAAAAAAAUCGCUGAAAUAACGAACAUUCCUGUGGAUGAACUGAUCAAAGCGGGGCGCAGUAUGUUCAAGGCGAGCAGAAACUGCUCUGGACAGGAUCAGCAGCAGGCGCAUGUGGUGCGGGUUUCCAUCCUGGUGGAAAGGCUAAAAACCGACUUUCCAGAUUUAUACCAAAGGCUCACACGCCACGCCGGUCACACACAGCUAGUUGAUAAGUUUGUGAACGUGUUUCAUAAAAUAGGUGGAGAUAUCGAUAGGAAUCAGGCCGACUGGAUACUUGAUCUUGCAACUGUAGAUUUCACGAAAGGAUUAAACGAUCAUUCGAGAGAAGUGUUUGAGAAAUAUAAGAGCUCUGUUUUGAGAGUAUUUGAUAACAACAUCAACUCAAACAAGUACAGUAAAGAGCAGGUGUUGGUUAUAAAAAAUGCAAGAAAAAUUAUUAAUAACACUAGUACAGAGGUGUUGUUUGAACGUGCACAGAAAGGAUAUGAUUUUAAAUAUGAAUACAAACCUUCGGGGCGCGGUGUGGGAAGACCCAAAAUUUAUAGAACAGAAAACGAGGAAUAGGUUUAUUGGUUCCUUAAUUUUCGACAUACUUUGAGGGCAAUGAGAAAUAGGUGCAACUUUCAGAAGAGAUAUAAGGAUUUAUUUGAAAUAUUGACGAGGUGCAUCGGAAGGAUAUCUACAUUUAAACUAUAUAGAGUUAGUUUCAUAGCUACAUAACCUAUACCAGCCACAUUAUAGCUUCAGCUGGAUGAAAACCAGCUAGUUAUUUAAGCGUCCCUGUUUAAGUAGUUUUGCCUGUGUACUUAUUUAGAGUUCGUAAUUAGUGAUCAUUUUCCGAGACACAAACGUAAGGGUAAGGCAAAAACCUCGGUUGCCCAAUGAACCCAAUAAGGUGGACACUUAACAAGAGACAUAAGGGUAACCAUUGAAGAAACAUCUCCUUCGUAUUACGAAUCCCCUGGCAUGCUACUACAUUCAUUUUGAUUUUUUUUCGCAUAGCCAUAGUGGCACGGGAAGGUCUUGUGGUACUGUCGUUAAGUUGCGCGGCCUAACGCCGCACAUGGACCGAAGCUUCCUUCUAUACAUGACUGAUUAUUCUGCUUUAGGAAUAAACCAAUCACAUCGCCAGCAGCCAAGCCUAUCGGUAGCCUAGACCGGCUGCGAUUGCUGCACCCAAUGCGAGAUAAGAGAGCGAGCUUGUGGUAGGAGCGAAAAUCUGGUUUUUAUUUCGUUUUCUACAGGCUUUGUGCCUAUUGGCUUCAAUCUCUACGUAGGAGAUAAAAUGGUUUCAUGAAUGCUAAGGGAAUAUGGAUAGAGUAAUGUUACGCCCCUAAAUUACAGGUUUAUGUGUUCGUUAAUAUCAUUGUUCAUCCAACUUAGUUGUGCUUGUAUAUUUUCUGCGACCCGCUGAUAUAGAGUGGGGUAGGAGAUGCUUAAUUGUUUAUCACACGAUUACUGGAGGUUAUAGGAGAGAUACAUUUGUAGGUAAAUUAUAUUGAAAAAUUAUUUUAAUUUGAAACCAAUACAAACACUUCAAUUUCACAUCAACGUAACGAAAGCUACAACCAUCUUUUUGUCAUACACCCUCAUUCAUUCUCAUCCAACCUUUGGAGCUCUAUCAACUUUUGAAAUUUUCACCGGGAUUUAUUUUUUUGACAUCGCUUUUGACAGAAGCUUUAGACUUCUUGAACAUAAUUGUUCAGGUUGGAAACCAGUGGUUUAUAUUAGUUCUUGUAUUUAGUUGUUUACCCGCCAUCAAAAAUAAGCGACGCGUAGCUAACUCUUGAGAAAUAAGCGCUUAUCGCAUUUACGAUUAUACUGAAGAUGGAAUAAUCAUAGGCAGUGAAAUCGGAUAGAGUAUACAAAACUUAAUUGCCUGCGUGUCGCAUUUCAGAAUAGACCGGCCUACACUACAAAAACUGUGCAGCCAAGGCUCGUGAAUUGUCAUGGACCAAACGUCCAUUGUCCAGGGGACCCUGAUCGCUAGUACUCUGCUAACUGUUAUACAUACUAGAUACAAUACACUACCGAUUUACGGGGCCCUCUAACCGAAGGGGCUCGAGGCGACCGUCUAGAGCGGUUGUCGUUGGAUCCGCCACUGUUAGUAGGACUGCGAGUGAAAAAGGCUGCCGGAUGGACGCUACUGAUUGCAAGCAUUACCUUCAGAUAUUGCUGUUCAUCCUCGUGCGCGUAGCAAAGUAGUGUCGGAGGCAACGACUGAUGAACUAGCAUUGUUUCGGUUGGGCACAGCUGAACGCAAAGGCAGAAAGACACGCGUGCUGAUUUGCUUCGAAUUCUGAAAUACUCCAAACGUUAUGUUGAAAGAAGGUUGACAGAAGUCGAGCUCAAAAGACCGGUUGGUAGAAAUAUUAGUGAUAAGAGUGGCAGAUGGAAAGGAACUAAUAAACCGCUGCUGGAAAAACACA